GAAAAUGGCGAGUCUGUGCAGGAGGCAGCAAUGUAUGAUCGAGAGACGCGGCAUUCGACAGGAUCUUGAUUCGUGGCGGUAUAAACUAAUUCAAUGUGUAGGUUUUGAGAGCAUUUUGGAAGGACUGUUUGGGUCGAGGCUGAUCGAGGACCUGAGACUAUUUAAAGAUUGUCAGCCCGAAGGAGUGUCUGAUUGGUCGUUCGAUGAAAAUUGUCUUUUCUGCUGCUUAAGACGAGAGAAAGUCAAGGAACAUCUACUUGGUCUGAAUAACGACAGCUUGGGCAGUGUAGCAAGACCAUUGUCCUUCAUCAAAGAUCAGUUCAACAGCAUCAGCAAUCUUGAGAGGGAAGCCGAGGAAUUUCUCAAUGCUGUCUUGCAUAGAAAAGACAUACCAAGCUUCACAGACCCGGACAUUCCUGUAGUGGCGCGCGAGAUAAUGCAGCGAAUGAUCCGUCAGUUUGCUGCCGAAUAUACCUCAAAAACCAGCUCUGCUCAGGGGAGCGGCCCACAGCCCAACGGCACCUCGGACCAAAGCCUGCUGACCUCACACACCUCGACGUCCUCGUCCUCCCCCUCCCCCACCCCGGCUCCCUCCUCAGCCUCAGUCUCAGCCACAGCCUCGGUCCUGACCUCAGCAUCAGCCUCGGCCCGAGCUCCAACUCCUGCUCUCUGCCUCAGCCCCUCCUUGUCUCCGUCUCUGUCUCUGUCCCCCUCUCCGGCACUCGCCCCUGCCACUCCUGCCCUCGCCCUAUCCACCGCCUCCGCCUCCGCCCCCGCCCCCGCCCCUGGCCCGGCCGGCCUCACCUCGGCACGGAACCCUGUCCUCAGCCAGCUGCUUAUGGCGGAACAGGAGGCGCCCCUCGACCUCACCGUCAAGAAGCAAGAAGUGAUCGUCUGUGAGCAAGAUGGUGUCCUUGAUCUCUCCACCAAGAAGACCUGGAGCAGCAGGGGGCCUGUUCCCAUCAGGGCCCCCAUGACACCGCUGGUUAAGGGUGCCUCCCACAGCCUGGGUUUUGCACACCCAAGGAAUCAACAGUCCACGUCUGACCUAGAUCGAGUCAUGGCCAAGCUCUGUGGACAUCACCAGCGUCAGAUAGUGGAUGCGCUGGGAUAUCUGGAGACGGAAGUCAAAGCCGUCAAAGCCAUGGCUUCGUCCAGUGUUUCGCAGGUACCUCCAAGAGCAGUAGUAGGCCCACAUGAGCGCACACAUGUAAGCCCUGUCCGAACACCUCGUCCAGAGACCUGGGACAGUAAGCGUACAGAGAGAGCGCAGCCAUUUUCGCCCAAAGCCACAUGCAAAACAGCCGGACCGCACACAGCAGUGGAAUUCGCUAUGCCCGGGAGUAGCAAAAGGGAGGUGCUGGAUAGAAGCUACUAUGCUGGUUCGCGUAAUGUCCGUGGGCCUGGUUUGAUUAUAGACUUGCGGGGAGAUGAGAAUGAGGGAGGGAAUAUUUUAUCGUCUCUGCUUACUAGUUCACAUGGUUAUGAAACUGUGCGUCACCCGUUCCAGUCACCCCAACGAGUCUGUAGUACCAAACCUGAGCCACCCACUCCACCUAAAGACAAGCGGGCAAGCGAUCGUGUCCUCUGUGCUAGCACUGCUUCAGAAGAGGUACGGAAAGUUUCUGAAACGACAAUGCAAACAGGUAGUCAAGAUUUAGAUGUCAUUGAAGUGCUGCCAUCUUCUCAGCCUAUCAAGUCACCUCAGCCAUCCAGUGAGGGCUUCCCCAGACAUGCCAAAGAAAUACCAUCCCCACCUUCGAUAUCCCAGCGACCCUGUGCCACUAUUUCCCCCAACCCACCCAGAACAGCUAGGAAAAGCAGAAAUAGCUCUUUACCUCGAACAAAGGAUGGUUCCCUUUACCGAGUUGAUCCUGAUAUCAAUUGUGACAUUGUAUAUAUUGGGAAGUCUAUCACAGAGUGUCAUUUGGAACCUUCAAACCGAAUGCUACCACGACGGAAUGCCAGAAAGAGCAUUAGGGGUCACAUGUAUACUGAAGAUUACUUGGAACUAAAAACUGUACGAACGCUGGCCAGGAAGUCUACAGGAAAUGGUACAGGCAAUUGCCCCUUACCAAUGCCAGUCAUCACAAUGGUUACUCCAAAACAGGUCCUUGCUAAGCCUGACGGUGUUCCCCCAGUUGACAUGCCAUUCCCUGGAGGAGAAUGUGGAGAAUCUGUCUCGCAGACACCACCCCCAGAAACCCCCCGAGAUAAUGAGAUGCUUGGUGAUGUACUGAGCAGUGUGAGUGAUGCCGACAUGAUUGUAGAAACUAGUCAGACUGGUCAGACAGCAAACCAAGACAAGGUAGAUUCUAAUACUGAAAUGACACCUGUGUUAACUGGCCAGACAACAAGCCAAGACAAUGUAGAAUCUAAUACUGAAAUGAAACCUGUGGUACCUAGCCAGACAGCAAACCAAGACAUGGUAGAUUCUAAUAGUGAAAUGACACCUGUGGUACCUGGCCAGACAACAAGCCAAGACGAGGUGGAUUCUAAUUCUGAAAUCACACCUGCAGGAACUGGCCAGACAGCAAGCAAAGACGUAAUAGAUUCUAAUGCUGAAAUUACACCUGUGAUGACUUGCCAGACAACAAACCAAGACGAGGUAGAUUCUAAUUCUGAAAUCACACCUGCAGCAACUGGUCAGACAACAGGUCAAGACAAAGUAGAUUUUAAUUCUGAAAUUGGCCAGACAACAAGCCAAGACAAAGUAGAUUCUAACUCUGAAAUUACACCUGUAGCACCUGGCCAGACAGCAAGCCUCGACAAGGUAAUUGCUAAUAAUGAAAUCACUCCUGUAGUAACUGACGAAAGUAGCUUACCUGAAGAUGAUGUGAUUGUGUGCUCUGAAGAUCAUAAUAAGCAACCAGUACUUGAGCUACCUGUUAGCAAUGAGAAUAACGACUUACCUGUCAGUGGUGAGCAGAGCAAGGUAGACGAUGAUCAGACUGUGAACGUUGAUGAACAGAGUAAAGUCGCUGACUAUUCAGAACCAGUGUCGGAAAUGACGAAAGAAGAUUUACCACCAGUGUCGGAAAUGACAAAAGAAGAUUCACCACCUGAGUCCCCAACUCAACCACUUCCUGUUUUGGACGUCAAGGGUGUAGAGGAGAGUGUUGUCAGAGGUGAAUCGCCAGCUAUGACACAAGUGGAUAAGGAGGAGGACCCUGAUAUGAAGGAAUCCACAUCUGAUGUAAAGUCGGUCGAUCAGAAUGUUGAUUUGGACAAUGUAGCAAGUGUAGAACAGUUGGCAAUAGAGACAUUGCCAUUAGAGAGGGGGAACACUGACCAACCCACUCCCACUGAUGAGGAGGCCUCUGAUAAACGUAUUGAGGCUGAAUCAAACACACGCUGCAAACCUAUUGAAACAGAGAUCAAAGCAGUGAACGAGGAGCCCAGUGUGGAAGACACACUUUCAGAUAUCCCACCAGAAACCUUGUCAGAAAAAGAAACUGUAACGAGGGAGGUAUUCAGCUCACCAGAUGGCAAGAAACCAAAAAGAAUCAGGAAGCCCAGGCGCUUUGGCAGCUCUGACAGACAGUUGCGUAGCAGAGUCUCUGAUGCUCAACAAGUACCCCAGACCCCUGAGAAAAGUGCUCUGGUCAUAACAGAACAAGCCCCUCUCUCUAUUGUCGAACAACCUAAAAGCCCAGAGGCAAAACGUCCAUCGAGAUCUGUAAAAGCAAAGGCAUCAGAAAGUGAUUCAUCGAAAGCUGACGUACCACAGGGUGCCGAGGUAUCUCAGACCCCUGAGAAAAACGAUCAGGUCACGACGCCACAACUUCCCGAGUCUGUUGCAGAGUGUCAGAGUCCUGAGACAAAACGGCCACUGAAAUCUGUAAAAGCAAAGGCUUCAGAAAACGAUCCAUCAACUUCUGAAAUUAAGGAAUCUCAAGAGCCUAGAUCCUCUGAUGUCCAAGAACUGUCCCAGACCCCAGAGGAAAGCAAUCAGGUCAUGAGCGCACAAAAUUCUAAGUCCACUAUUGAUCAAAGUCAGAGUCUUGAUUCAAAACGGCCAUUGAGGUCUGCACAGUUGAAGGCCCCAGAAAGCGUAGCACCAAACGAUAACGUUAUGGAGAGUGCUACAGCCAGUAAGGAGGAAUCUCAAGAGCCUAGCGCUGAUAAAGUAAAAACUGAAUCAAGCCCUCCUGAGAAAACGGUAGCAGAUCAAGCAGUGCAGACUAGAAAGCUUAGGUCAACCCCGGCAAGAAAGAAACUUGAUCAGGAGGGAGGGCAGAAUAUGAUUUCUGCAUCAUCCAGUGCUGAUGCUCAGCCUUUAACCACCGAAGAGCAACAAGAUACAGAGGCUGUUGUAGAGAUAUGCAAGGCACUUUCAGACACGACAGCAACACUUACAGAUUUACCUGCUUGUCACAGCCCUAUUAAAGAUACUGUUACAGAUCCAGUUGGUCAUCAGUCUGUCUCCCCAGCUGUAGCUAGCCCGAGAGUCUCAAGACAUAUGCCAUUGAGAAGCAGGACUAGCCCUGUGGAUAGCGAUACACUUCCAACCAUAGUAAAAUCCUCCAUAGAAACAUGUGAGCCGCUGCCUGAAAAGAGUGAUCCUGUUAUGGUGGAGGACAACUCACCACAGCCUUCCCAAAGUCCCUCCACAAGUUCUGCUACUGAGAACUCUCGCCACAUGCCACUGAGGGGCCGAAGCCAGGGUAUUGACAGUGAUGGCAGUUCUUCCUCCGCCAAUCUCUCAGAGAAUCUUAAUCGUAUGCCUCUGAGAAGUAGCAGUUCCAUUAGUGCUGUUCAACCCACCAGUCCUACACCAUCUGCCCGGGACAAGAAAGUCCAGAGUUAUCCGAGGCCUUCUAAAUCUGGAUUCCUUUCUUCAGACACAGACUCUGAACCUAGCCUUGUUGGCUCGCCUCUUAAAUACAGACCUGCGAGGAGUUCACGAGUUCAGAAAAAAGAUGCAGUCAUUCAUGACGCCUUGCCUGGCACCUCAAAUACUGAGCCCACCGUAUCACGUUCUUCCAAGUUCUUGGAGGCCAUGAACAGAGAAGAAGGUCAGCUUCUGAUUGCUAAUUUAAAUACCAAAUUUGAUAAAAUGCAAAAAGGGUGGGUUCAGAUGGACAAGGAAGGGCCACAGGUCUCAAGAUCGAGGAACAAAGCCGACCGUUUCAAACACAUUUGGAAGAGCAAGCGCAGAAUUCGAAAACCCAGACCCUUAGAAUCACAAAGAUUUUCCCCAGUGCAAAUGCUGUUUAUGAAAUCAUUUCAUUUACCAAGCAUCUGUCGCUGGUUUUUACAGUCCACAGAAACAAAGUCCCUCGUAAUUGUCAAACACCUCAACACCCGACAUCCAUCUGAAACACAGCUGUGCUUUCAAAGCUCCUCGUCUAUGGCUGGAACCUCGCAUGGUAACUUUCCAAGCGUGCAAGCGGAGCGUUUGAAGAAACACCUGAAAAAGUUUGCCAUAGCUUCACCGGUAAAGAGCACGGCCAAGAGUCAGAAGCUCAUUGCAGAUGCACUGGAACAAGACCCCAUCAACAUUGAGGGAAAGGACAACCUCCUGUCUACAGCCGCCACUCGCAUGUCCACCAAGCCUCACAGUUACAUGGGUGUUACUCAGACCACUGACACCCAGAAGGUCACUGGUGCGGUGAAAAACCCAGCAAGUGCCAGGAUCUUGAGGAAGUACUCUCACAUGCGCGAGAAAAUGCAAGGACAGCACAAGUCAAGAAACUUGAAAGACCAGAAGGCUGAACACGAGAAAGCAUCCAGACCGAAGGUGUCAACUGCACAAAAACCUGCGCUUCCCAAGAAAAACAACGGAAAAGAAGCAAUUGUUGCAAAGAAGGACAAUGCAUCACAGUCUCCAUCUAGUAGGAGGAGUACACCAAGAGCUUCCAUCAAAGAAAGCGAUAAAGAAAAAGUCUCAAAGUCUACUAGCAGUAAAGUGGUCAGGGAACUUGCUGAUAAAGACACCCCUUCACCAAAACGGGCCCAAAAGACACCAAUGUCCCCCAGGCCUCAGAGAACCACUGCAGCCACUACUUCAAGCCCAAAAAGUAAUAGGCCCACAAACAAAAAAGAGAAUCUAACAGAAAAACUUACAAAUGCAAAAUCUCCACAAACACCAUCUCGGAGGACAACCGCAUCCACUGCUUUGAGCCCAAAAACAAAUGCAAACAAAAAAGACAAUGCUGCAGAGAAGCAUCCAAAUGUGAAAUCCCCUCCAACACCAACUCAGAGGACAACCCCAUCCACUGCUUUGAGCCCAAAAGCAAAUGCAAACAAAAAAGAGAAUACUACAGAGAAACGUCCAAAUGAAAAAUCUCCGCAAACACCAACUUCAACCUCUGAUUCAAAGGCAGAAACGAAGAAGCCGGUUGCCGUGAAAACCACUGCGGUUGUAGUCACCUCUCCCCCUGUACCCAUGAGUCCUGAUUCGUCGGUCGCACAAGACCAAGUGCUGACUAGAUCGCAGAGAAAGAUGGAGGAAGCACAUCGCAUGACCACUGAGUCUCCCAAAUCGGCUACAAAAAGAGCACAAGAUCCUGUCGUAAACGCAUCCCCAGCAAAACGUACAAGGACAUCGCUCUCGAAAACAAACUGAAGAGCGAUUGUUACACAUUUAUCAGAAGUUUGACUCAGACCGAUAUAGUCAGGCAGUAUGUAAAUUGAAGGCUGUUUUUUUCUUUUUUUUAAAGGAGGGCAGGACAUGCUUGACAUUUUAUUGAUAUAUAUAUAAAUGCAGAGAAAGUACACUUUGAAAUGGUUUUGCAAAGUUAUGAGGUUGUAAAUACUGUAAUACAAAUUUAUUUAAAUUCCGUUUUGCAUGCAUUGCGCCCCUCGUUUCCUGUGAUUUCCUCUUGUAAGAAACUGUGACUUGCUGCUGUAGGGAGUACAGUGUGCACCUCCAUCCCUUUAGACCUCUCGUGCUUGCAAAUAGGGCUGAACAUGUACAUUUGGUAGGACAUAUUUUUUAUUUCCCACAAAGUGGUUUUACUUAGUUGUGUAGCAUAAUAGUUUAGUGGCCAUGCACAUAAUGAGGUGAAAUGAAACAAAACAAAAAAGCAAGCCAUGACUGAAUAGUGAAGACGACUUUUACACAUCGUCUGUGGAUCUUUGGAAUUGAAAGUAUUGACGCGUCUCUUGCAGAGUUGCGACAGCAACAUUCAGGUGCCUUAUUUUUUUGCUUGUGCAAUGAGGUUGGCUGGUUCUAGUUCAAUGAGGUUGGCUAGACUUCUUAACCUGUUGCCCAGGCAUGUACUGUAAGAAGGCAGAGGCAACGUUCACGCACAGCCCCCUGUUCUUUUCUAUGAUUUUCCUGUACCGGUAUUUUUUUUUUCUAAUGAAAAUAAUUUUUGCGUAUGUAUAGACAAAUGGUCAUAAUUGUUUUUCCUCUGUAACUUAUUUUUCCCUUCCGUUUAUUUUUUAGUGUAGGCCGUAAAACAAGCAUUAACUGAAUAUUAUUUUUAAUAGUAAUGACCUACUUUAUGGAAUAAUUUAAAAAUCAUUGAGUUGAGUUCAACGCUGGCUCAUUUUCGUGGUUUAACCCUUUCAUGUCUGUAUCUUUGCCUCAGUUGGGCCCAAGAAAUAAAACAUGAUAAAAUCGUCUAUUAAAAAGAAGAGAAACAAAAGAAGUUUCACGAUUCUUUCCUUGUACAUACUGUGUAAGGUAUGAAAUAUUCUGCUUUUCCAAAUAAGGUUCCAAUAGGUAAUGUUAUUAGAACUCUUUAGUACACCUGUGUUUGAGCUUCACUUGUCAUGUCAAUGUGUCAUGCUGUAGCUCAGGCUACGGCCCCUUUGUUGUGUCAUAGUAUGACAUCCAACAGCAUGCAGUGGUUUUCCUUUGCAUUUAAGCCGUUCAAUCGCCCAUUAGUCAGCUAAAGAUGUUUUUUUCCUGUAUGGAAAGCAGUAGACUUUUGCUUGGCUGUGCAUGGAGUUUUGUAUAGUAUAACCGCUCCCUGUCCAAACUCUGUUUUCACUUUCAGACUGUCUCCCCUUAGGCUUGCUGAACCCCCCUCCUUUUUAUAACGCUAUGCAUGGACUGACUAGAUGCUGCAGUGAGCUGACUUGCUACCCGCCCUGUUAAUUUAAGACGUGCUCCUGAACAUUGAUAAUGUAUGAAACCUCUUUAAAGAUAGCUCACUGAAGGCGCUUGUUAACAACCGCAUUUCUUUUUUCCUUGCCUGCCUGCCUGCCUGUCUCGUUUGUCAUCUCCCCAGUGGAUGUGUGUUAAGUUAUUUAGGAUUCUAAUUUAAUUUAGCUGAGGCUGAUGUAAAUUAUAGAUGACCAGCAGACAGACAAGGCUACCAAAUACAUGGAUUCUGUGGUGUGUUUUUAGCAGAGACAGUCUUGCUUAGAAUCUCCACUUUUAACAGAGAAACACCCAUUCAUGGCUACUUAAGUUUACUUCAAGGAAUUGUGGUUAACAAAUUACCAGUCGUACCAGUUCAGGAGGUAUUGUUCACUCUUUAGCAGUGUCUGUGGAUAUGUGUACCUCGUAUAUUUGGCGAACAAAUAUCCCACUAUUUGCAAUAGCCCAGUUACUAUACCCACUUUGGAAAUAAAGCAAUGGCAAAGUAUUUUAUUUUAAUGAUCUUGGCUUUAAUUUGGUUUUGAAUUAAUUGUAAAUUGAGCUGUAAUACCUCACAAGAGCCAGUAUGUGUGAAAAUGCAGGCAUAGCCUUCCAACACUAUACAGUUAACUGAGUAUUCAUCCUUCUCCUAUUUUGUCUUUUGAUGUAUUUUAAAACGACUUGAGGGUUACAUGUGUUAAUACACUUGCAUUUGGCAAUGUUAUUCCUUCCUGCUGUGGACAUAAAAUGUUUUCAGUUCUCACA